AUGAAUUUUGAAAACAGAUGGGUAUUGAGAUCCGCUCUGAACUUCGCAAGUGAUGGAGAAGUAGUCAGAGAAGUAGGUAGAGAGUUCCAGAGAAAAGGACCAGAAAAAGCAAAAGCAGAUUUGGCAAAAGAGUGUUUAACACGAGUUAAGAAAAAGCGAGAAGAAGACGAUCGUAAACCGGGGCGUUUAGAUAAGAAUGAUCCGAAAGGUAACAACAACAACGAAGAUAAGGUAAAUAAAUGGUUGGCUGACCACUCUUGUCCUAAUGGGGGGGGUGGUGGAGAUGGUGAGGGGGCUGGCAGGAAAGAAAGCCCUAGCAAAAGGUUCAAUUCAGAGUCAAACUUGUUUGCGGACAUCAUGAGGAAAAAAUAUGCUGACGUGACCUGGUCAUCAUGUGACCAUGAAAGACCUAACAGUGCCAAUCUGUCUCAGGUAUUGAGUAGCAAAAGAGGUGAUGCGAAAACGAUUCUACAAAACUUGGGUUUUUCCAGCAGUGAAAAUAUAGCCAAUGAAAAGCGGGAAAUUCCGAAACGAUUUUUCCAGAAGCCAUCAGCUGCUAAGGGAAUUUUAUUUGACCGACUCAUUUCCGAGGAAAAUGCAAACAACGUUACUCAGAAUGUUGGAAGUUUUAUGAAGAAUCUUGCCAACGAGUAUAAAAUGAAUGCAACAGAGAACGAGAAAGCUGUCAGGUCACAGAAAGUUGAAGUGCCAAGUACUUCUGUUGUUGCUGCAUCUAACAACACACCAAUAAAAUCAGAUGACACUGCUGACAGACCAGAUCAGCGGCAACCACAACAACAGCCACAACUACAGCCACAGCAAAAACAGCAGCAACCACAGAUGGAUGAACAACAAUGUGAAGAAGGAAUCAGUGAAAAAGAUCAACUCGAACUGAUGACACAUUUAAAAAACAACAACCUCUUAGAAGCCAUCAGCCAACUCCUCAGGCUUGGCUCCUUGCACAGCCACUUCAACGGCUCUCCCAACUCCAUGCCCCACGACAUCUACUCACCGUGUGCCACACCUGCCAUCAACGGCAACGGUGGCGUCUACUUGAACUACUCUGGCGGCAUGGGUGCUCUGAAGUCACUGGCAAAUCAAAUGGUUGAUCCAGUUCUUAGGAAGUCAAAAAAUGGCACCAAGUACUGGACCAUCCUGCAACCUGUCAACUCCGACUAUCUGGAUUCCACUGGCUAUUACGACACGAUGCCAUCUGUCGAGAUCUCUGAUUAUAUGUUUGAGAGAGAUCUCACUAAACUCUUUCCAUUUGCUCAGAAGAAGUUGAUGAGGAGGAUGAACAAUAUUGUUGUUUGUAGGCAGUGUGGUCUUGAGGCAAGCAGUUGCAGUUGUGUUGGUGGCUGUAGUGAGGGUGGUGUUAAAACUGGUGGUGGAGAGUUGGGAGGAAAUUUUGGUGGGAGGAGUUUUGAUGGUUCAGUUGGUGAACAAAUGGGCGAAGUUGAACUGGAAGAUUACAAUGAGAGACUGAAGAAGCUACCCUCUAGGUUCAUGCUCAGUCCAUCCUCACUGAAAGGUAUCAUGAAGAGCAUGAGUCAACAACAACAACAUCCGCCAACUUCAACUGAUUUCAACAACAACAAAUAUGUUUACCCUCUCAUAAGCAACAACAACCACAACAACAACAACAUCAGUGAGGAUUACGACAACUUGUACAGCGUCAGUUACGAGGAGAGUCAGGAUGUUGAUGACGCCAACAACAACACGAGAAGCGCCAAUGAAAGUAGUAGGUUCAGUGAGUCGACGUGGAGCGUUGAUGAAAGUAGUUCGUCGUCUACAUUGCCCAGGGACUUGGAUCUUGAAAGAUACUACGCGUCCAAAAGCUUCCUAAAGGUCCCUACGACAGACGUCGAUGAAGUUGGCAGCUGCGUUUCAGACAAAACGGCCACCAACGAGGACAACGACAACAACAACAACAACAACAACAACAACAAUGAAGACUGUAAUGUAGUUGGUGACGAUGGGAAGGAUGACAAAUCAGGCAAUCAGAAAGUCGAUGAUGUUUUCAUCGACCCGGUUAAAAAGUUAAGAGGAGAGCUCUUCAAAAAUAAAGAGAAGCAUUUCGUCCUCCAGACACUCCGUAGUCCUUGCAAGAAAGACGAUGAAGAGGAAGAAGAUGAUGGUGAUAAAUGUAGAGAUUAUGAUGAUGGUGGUGGUAAUAAAAGUAGAAAUAAUGAUGACGCUGAUGAUUAUGAUGAUGUAGAUGGUGAUGAUAGCUCCUAUUCCCAACUUCAUAUGCAGUCUCCCAGAAAGAAGUUGGAUAGAUUGCACGCCCUCUUUGAAGAGCUGCACGAAUACGAGAAUGAAGUGAGAGGCAUUCAGGCUCUCUUUGACCAGGCUUCUACGAGUGCGGUGGUCAGGGAUUUAUUCCAGGAGAUUUUGAAGCAGAUUGAGGAGGUCAAACCGUUGAUACUACACGUCCAGCGGGCUAUUUAUAGGUGUGACGUCACCAAAGAAGAUAAUAAUAAUAACAAUAUCAAUAACAAUAAUAAUAAUAAUAAUAAUAAUAAAUGCAAUAAUGAUAACGACCUUCAUCAUCACGUUGUUCUUAAUGACGUCAUAAUUGAAGAUGUCGGUGAGAAUGAGGACGAUGGUGGUGGUGGUAAUGAAGGUUUCGGAAAAAUUGAAGAAAGCGUAAAGGUGAUAAGAAAGUUGAUAGACCUCGUAAAGGAACAAAACGACAGAUUGAUGACGUCAUCAUCGCAGCUCUCGUCAUCAGUACCACAACCGCCAUCAUCAUCAUCAUCACCACCACUAUCAUCAUCAUAUCUUCCCCUGCCCACGCCACCGCCUUCGACCGCUAAAAAAUCUGCCAUCAAAUUCCCAUCAUUCAAUAAGAAGAACCGCACAGGGUCAUUAUCAUUACCUCAUGACAACUCAUCAUCGUCGUAUUCGUCCUUCCCCUCAUCGUUGACGUCAUCGGCAUUUGUUAUGACGCCAGCGACGGGACCACCAGGGCCACAUAAAAUCUUCUUGCCGCAUUUCGUCGCCGACACAAUCAGCAGUAUCAAGAAGACGUUUGACCCGUUGAAAUCAUCAACUUCUAAAUCGUCAUCGUCGUCAUUCCCUUUCAAGAUAUCAUUAUCAUCAACGCCGACUUCCUUAAAUAGUCACACGACUUCAUCGUCUUUGACGCCAUCGUCGUCUUCAUCAUCUCCAUCCACAUUCCUUCAGAAAUCAUUCUUUUCAACCACAAAGUCCAAACAGAAUUCAAUAGCUCCAUCAUCAUCAUCGUCAUCGUCGUCGUCGUCAUCAUCAACAAUAUCAUUUAGGUCAUCAGCAACGUCACCAAUGACAUCCAAAUCAUCAUCGUCAUUUUUGAUUUCACGUGCUAACUUUAAACCAACCACCACGCCUUUUCAUCUGAGCCCAGCAACAUCAUCUUCGACUUCAUUUCCCAUUGUGGCAUCAGCAGCAGCAGCAACUACAACAACGACAGUUGCGUCACAAAAUGAUUAUAAUUUGUUGAAGAGAAGGUUGGCUUUGUUGGAGAGGAAGUUAGACGAGCAGCAGAGACAGCACGAAAUCCGUUUGAAGAGUUUAUUAGUUGAGGUAGGUUUCUUUUCUUUUUUCUCAUUAUUAUCUGACUCCGGCUGUUUGCGUAUGGCGUAA